GUGUUUCUCUUGGCACUGACACAGCCAAGUCUCCAGCUCCGACACAGAUGUUCCUCCAGCAGCUCUGAAGUAACGCUGCUCAUCGCAUACAAUGUCACACCCAGGGGUUCCUGGUCCACCUCAGGCUUCUAAGAGGACUCGCUACUGAUGAAAUCAAGUGCCUAGAGAAGCAUGAGAUGCAGGGCUUUAGCUAAUAUAUUGUCUCAGCUAGAGUGGCUGGUGAAUUGCCACAGCUCAGGACAGCGCUGCUUGAUACCACUGCAACUUACUUCAAAGCAAACUCUUGGUAAAAUCCUUUAGUUUCCCUCUGAUUGCGAACCGGUGUGACGACUGGAAUGACCUGCCUGUUGGAAGAAUGUUGACUCUCGAGUGGGAGUCGGAGGGACUGCAAACAGUGGGUAUUGUUGUGAUUAUAUUUGCAUCUCUGAAGCUGCUUCAUUUGCUUGGACUGAUUGAUUUUUCAGAAGGUUUCCUCUACGCUCAGAACAGUACCAAACGCAGCAUUAAAGAGCGACUUAUGAAGCUCUUGCCCUGCUCGGCUGCCAAAACGACAUCUCCUGUUACUCAAAACACUGUAGAAGAUGAAAUGGAAAUGGCCACAGUACGACAUAGACCUGAAGCUCUUGAACUGCUGGAAGCACAGAGUAAAUUCACAAAGAAGGAACUUCAGAUCUUAUACAGAGGGUUCAAGAAUGAAUGCCCCAGUGGUGUUGUCAAUGAGGAAACCUUCAAAGAGAUUUACUCUCAGUUCUUUCCACAGGGAGAUUCCACAACUUAUGCACAUUUUCUGUUUAAUGCAUUUGACACUGAUCACAAUGGAUCUGUAAGUUUUGAGGAUUUUGUUAUGGGUCUCUCCAUUUUGCUCCGAGGGACAGUACAGGAGAAACUGAGCUGGGCUUUCAAUUUGUAUGAUAUAAAUAAGGAUGGAUACAUAACUAAAGAGGAAAUGCUUGAUAUCAUGAAAGCAAUAUAUGAUAUGAUGGGGAAAUGUACCUAUCCUGUUCUCAAGGAGGAUGCACCUAGACAACAUGUGGAAACAUUUUUCCAGAAAAUGGACAAAAACAAAGAUGGAGUAGUUACCAUAGAUGAAUUCAUCGAGAGCUGCCAGAAGGAUGAGAAUAUAAUGCGAUCCAUGCAGCUCUUUGAAAAUGUGAUUUAAUGAAGACAUUAGGCCUACAACUAAUGGACAAAUAUGAACUAUUCUGCAACAUUAAAAGAUGGAUUUCCCACUUUAUCAUAAAUAAAAUUACUCAGCUUUACACUGAGACAUGUAUUAUGCAAAUAGAUUUUUUUAUUAUAAACUUUUCCCCAAAAAAAUCUUUCUAAAAUGCACAACUUAGCACUUCAACAGUGGCUGCUUAGUUAAUAAAAUUGUUCUGAAAAGUCAUAUUUUUACUCCAAACCAAAUCAAAACAACACCUGACAUUAUGCAGCUUUAUUAUCAUUCCAACCUCUAGAUAAAACAGAUACUAUCACAAGAAGAUUAAAUAAAUACUCUUAGUUUUGCUACUCAUUUCUACUGGAUUAAUCUCCAGAUGUUUGACUGUAUUUCUUAAAUCUUAGCUUCUAAUUUAUACAGAGGCGUUACCAUGUAUUUUGUUUUCACAUUUGUCUGGUGUAAUCCCAGUUUUUUGAGUAACACUUUGAGUUAAAGUGCUAUAAUCUAUGUACAAUGCACAUCUUGUUGCAAUUGCCUUCCACCUCUGACUUGCUUUUCUCUUAAAGAAAUAAAAAAUCCAAAGCUAACAAAAUAGAUAACUUGAGAGGAAGAACUAUUAUAGAAAAAAUAAGCAAUUGCUUAUUGGUAGAUUUACACCCUACUGAAUACAAGUAAGCUUCUAUCACACUUACCUAGUAAAUCUGCAUUUAGUUCAUCAUGACAUGAGUAUCAGGAGUCCUACAUACUGUAUUUCUAAUUUUUCUUGGACGUGUCUGCAAAGUCCUCUGCAUAAAAUUAAGGAUCUUCUGACUUUAGAUUUUUCAUGAAGAAACCUUAACUGGAUCCUAAUACUGUUUUCAUUAGUAUGUGUCUUUCUGCCUUUAAUGAAGAAAAAGGCAUGAAUUCCGUUUGAAGCUUCCAUUCCACUUGGUGCUCAGAAUGAAUAUCACUAUGUAGUAGCAUCUACUAAUACUGACUGCUAGACCAGCUAACAUUUGUUUCAGCUUUUUGUAAUAUCUUUAAUUAUGAGAUGGAAUCAGGAAAAAAUUGGAAACUUCAGCUGUAUAUCGUCUAUAUGUGACAACUGUACCGUGUUUUUUUUUUUUUUUAAGAGUUAUUUCAUUAAGAUUGGAGCUACCUUAAUUCUAAACCUAGAAAGAUUUUUCUAAAAAUGUACGUACCUACAAUCAAAUACUGUCCCCGUUCAUGUAUUUUUUAAGAUAUAUUGUCCACAGAAUUUAUGCCAAUACUUCAAACUAGGUGAAAAGCUAACAGAGAUGGGCCAAUCUUCAUUUUGACAUCGCUGCAGAAAGGGGAUUAACGAAGUAGAAAGAAUGUUGCAAGUAUUCUUUUGCAAAAAUAAAUCAGGUAUCUAUUCUGGUGUAGAGAUGGGAUGUUAGAGGCAUGUUGAAGGCUGCUCUGCUAUCACCAGUGUAGGAUAAGAGUAGUACAAUACAUGUACACCUGAAAUCUGCUGUAGCGUGUUUGUGUAAACUAAAUGUGCACAUUUUGUAACAAAAAAUAAUAAAGUAAACAUGAAGAAAAA